CCCGCAGUUCUCAGCACCGCAGAGCCCCGAGUUCUCCGGGGUCCGCUGCGGGAGGCGCCUAGCGGCUCUGCACGGUGGAAUGCAACCUCCUGCCAGCGCCGCGCCCGAGAGACGUGUUGCGGAGUCCCGAACCGUGUCUCCGCCAGGGGAGGUUCUACUGCGGGUCUUUGCAACCUGGGAUAAGAACAGCCGCCCGCCAUGGACCUCAUCGGGCUGCUGAAGUCUCAGUUCCUGUGUCACCUCAUCUUCUGUUACGUGUUCAUCGCCUCAGGGCUCAUCGUCAACACCGUCCAGCUCUUCUCGCUCAUCCUCUGGCCAAUCAACAAGCAGCUCUUCCGGAAGCUCAACUGCCGGCUGUCUUACUGCAUCUCCAGCCAGCUGGUCAUGCUGCUGGAGUGGUGGUCGGGCACCGAGUGCGUCAUCCACACGGACCCCCAGGCCUACCCCAGGUUCGGGAAGGAAAACGCCAUUGUCGUUCUGAACCACAAGUUUGAGAUCGACUUCCUCUGCGGCUGGAGCCUGGCCGAGCGCUUCGGGGUUCUGGGGGGCUCCAAGGUCCUGGCCAAGAAGGAGCUGGCCUACGUCCCGAUCAUCGGCUGGAUGUGGUACUUCACAGAGAUGGUCUUCUGCACCCGCAAGUGGGAGCAGGACCGCAAGACUGUCUCCAGGAGCCUGCUGCACCUCCGGGAUUACCCCGAGAAGUACUUCUUCCUGAUUCACUGCGAGGGCACGCGGUUCACGGAGAAGAAGCACCAGAUCAGCAUGCAGGUGGCCCAGGCCAAGGGGCUGCCCAGCCUCAAGCACCACCUGCUGCCGCGCACCAAGGGCUUCGCAGUCACUGUGAGGAGUCUGAGAAAUGUAGUUUCAGCUGUAUAUGACUGUACACUCAAUUUCAGAAAUAACGAAAACCCAACCCUGCUGGGAGUCCUGAAUGGAAAGAAAUACCACGCAGAUUUAUACGUCAGGCGGAUCCCCCUGGAAGACGUCCCCGAAGACGAGGAGGAGUGCGCAGCCUGGCUUCACAGGCUCUACCAGGAGAAGGAUGCCUUCCAGGAGCAGUACUACAGGACGGGCACCUUCCCCGAGACGCCCAUGGUGCCCCCUCGGCGACCCUGGACGCUGCUGAACUGGCUGCUCUGGGCCUCGCUGCUGCUCUACCCUUUCUUCCGCUUCCUGAUCAGCAUGGUCAGCAGCGGGUCUUCCCUGACGCUGGCCAGCUUCGUCCUUGUCUUCUUUGUGGCUUCCGUGGGGGUCCGAUGGAUGAUCGGCGUGACGGAGAUCGACAAGGGCUCGGCCUAUGGCGACGGGGACAGCAGGCAGAAACACGACAACUGACUCAGGACGCGUCCUGUCUGUCCGAGGGGACCUUGGGGAACUGGUGGGCACGGCCUGUCUUCCUCGGUGGGGCCCAGCAACCUCGCUGGGGGAGCCCCCACUGGGGGCAGGGAGUUUGGUCUCAAUGCCGCCGAACGGGGCUGGAGAUGGGCUUAAACCUCUUCUUCUCCCCUCGCUCUCGUGGGUUCCAGUUCUUUCUUUCUGCGAGAGUGCGUGUGUGCGUGUGUGUGUGUGAGAAAGAACACAGCGCGGUGAGGCUGACGUGUGGCUCCGAGCGAGCCUGGCCUUGU